AACUGAGUCAAAAUAAAGCAAAGCGCAGGUGGCCAUUUAUUUUUUUUCCACAGCCAACUGUGUCUCUUGGUGAUUUCACGUAAUAAAAACGUUGGACGGUCUAGCGCGAGAUAACGACUUUAUACCGUGUAAAUAGUACAUUUAUCGUGUGGUGUUGCGAUAAAACGUACUUCGUAUUUCUUAAACUUCGGAGUCAACCGUUUCGUUGAACUAGCACCUUUUCCAUGCAUUUAAAAUGUUUCCUCCAAGCUGAUUGGAUCACCAUGGUCACCUGGUGUCUCGCAGCAUUUUAUUAGUUUAUUAUUUUUAUUAUUACUAAAGUAAUCAGAUUAAGUGGUAGCAGUAUAAUAUAUGUUGUAUCAAGUUCACAAUACAAAUUUAAAAAAAUAAUUUAACAAAUAAUAAAGCCUUUUCUGACCGCUGGCUGUCUCUCAACGCGUGAUCAAAGCAACUCUCGCUCUUAUUGGUGUGCCAGAAGCCAGGUGGGGCGGGGAUAGUAACAUAAAGGAAGCCACUGUUUACCUGUAAAUUGACUCAAAAGACCAAACCAUGCUCUUAUUGUGAAGUAGAACCGGAUUUACUGGGAUUGUAUAGCCUCUUUUUGGCUCUCUUCAUUCAGUCGUACUGACGGGACGCCGCCGUGUGCAAACUUCAAAAGAAUCAAUAACAAACAACAAAAAUCAAUCAUAACAUAAUUUCCUGAGUCAAAAUCAGCUGUUGCGUCUGUGCCUGGCAGGACACACGCCCACUCUGCAGCUUGUUUUUGGAGACUCGAAAACAUUUUGACGGUCCCGUCAAAUGUCUUCUUGGUUGAUGGCGGUGUCAUUGCCGCUGCUUCCCGCCGUCUUGCUGGUGUUGGGUCGCCAUCGCGUCCGAGUGGCCAAGUUCUGGCGUGGCGCGUUGGACAGGAUGCGGCGGCUGCUGCGGGGACGCGCCUGCGCCAAGAGCACGCACGCCUUCGUCUUCUCCCGCUGCAUCCACGGCGACGCCGGCAGCGUUCUGGAGACCUUUGACCUCUACGCGGAGACGCACGCCUCCGCCUCAGUCGGCCCGCAGAUUGGGGAGGCCUUGGAUAAGGUGGUGCGGCGCGUCCGGCCCUCUCGGGUGCUGGAACUGGGGACGCAUUGCGGCUACAGCUCAGUGCUCCUGCUGAGUCUGCUGCCCGCCGACGGCAGGCUGCUCACGGUGGAGCAGGACCCCGCGGUGGCCGAUCUCGGGGAGGAGAUCAUCCUGGUGGCGGGCUUCAAACCGUCUCAGUUCCAGGUGUUGACAGGCAGUUCAGGCAACACCAUCCCGACACUGCACCCUUUUAUGGAACCAGCUCCAGGGACCGGAAAUGCCUUCAACCUGGUGCUCAUGGACCACGAUCCCCAGCAGUACCUUGUGGACCUGCUGGCUCUGGAGCGAGAGGGUCUGCUCUGCCUCUCAGGCUGCUCCAUAGUUCUGAUCAUCAGGAACCAGCGAGACAAAAGUCUGGAAGAACUGAUCAGCGCAAGACCAGAUUGCUACAGCAUCAAGUCGCAGGUUCCUGGGAUGGUAGAGCUCUUCUACCAGAAGAACCGCACAUGACGAUGCUUCCCUUAGGAAACCAAAUAAAAAGGGAAUUCAAUUUUCUGCCAAAAAUGGAGAGAAUUGCCUACAAACCCCAAAUUUCAAUCAAGUUGCUACAUUGUGUAAAAUAAAGACUUCCA